GUCACUACAUCAAUGCCUGCCCAGAAGCGUUCUUCGCCGGAAAAUCUCACCGACGACGACGACGACGACCCCUCACGUCACCACCGCCACCGCCCCAAGCAAUCUCGUCCGCCUGAUGAACCACUACUACAGCAGCAGCAACAAGAAGAACAAGGAGACGUAGCAGCUGAACAACAGCAGCAAGAAGACGAAGAAGAAGAAGAGGCGGUGGAGGAAGAUGGCGAAGCAAACGACGACGAAGAAGAAGAAGAAGAUGAAGCUUACGAUUGUGACGGAAGCCCAUCCCAAGAAAAGCCCGAAUUUGUACUUGUCCAACUGCCGGAUAUUCGUAAAGAUGUACACUGUCCAAUAUGUCUUGGGAUUAUUAAGAAGACACGGACUGUAAUGGAAUGCCUACACAGGUUUUGCAGGGAAUGCAUCGACAAAUCAAUGAGAAUGGGGAACAAUGAGUGUCCUGCUUGCCGAACACACUGUGCCAGUCGACGGUCUUUGAGAGAUGAUCCAAAUUAUGAUGCCUUAAUUGCAACAUUAUAUCCAGAUAUUGAGAAAUAUGAGGAGGAGGAAUUGGCUUUCCAUGAAGAGGAGAGGACUCGAAAUGAGCAGAUACAAGCAUCAAUUGCCCAAAUAUUUCAACGACAAUCAGAAGCUCUAAUCAAGAGACGCUCACUUGGCAAAGAUACCCAAGAUGGAUUUAAUAUGAGACCACAGCGCAAUAGUCGGAGUGCUUUCCAAAGGAGAAGGAACUCUCGAGCCACUGAACUCCGAGGGUUUGAAGACAAUGAAGAUGAAAUUGACAAAUCACCUCCUGCUGAAGAGAGAUAUACUGAAGUGAGGCCAAGACGGCUAAGGAGAAGGACAGGAUUUCGAUCAUCUCAGCCUUCAUCAUCUGUGACCAAUUCAAAUGCAGGAUGCACUGAAAAUGAUUUAGAAGUGAGCAGAGACAGCAGGGGAAUUUCUCCUGGUCUUGUGUGGAGCUCUGAAAUGCUUGCUUGGGGCCGGGGUGGUGCUCGGAGUCACACCCGGCAUGGCGUUGCAAGUGGUUGCAGCAAUAAGAGUUCUCGAAGCGCUCGCUUAUCAAAGCUGGUUGAUUACCUUCGAAGCCUCAAGGAAAACAAUGAUGAGUUAGAUGUUCAUCUCAUGCUUAUUUCUUUGGAUAAAAGAUGCACACCAAACUUGCAGCAGCCUCACCUUUGCUGUAGGCCGAGUUUGUCAGUCAAGCACCUUCGCGAAUAUGUUGCUUGUCAAACACCUCUGCAAGCUGAAGAAGUUGAGUUGUUCUCAGUUAAAGGGCACCACAAUUCCAAUGACGAUAAAUUGACUGAUCACCCAUCACCGUUAAUGAAUGAUCUAGAUUCUGUACCCCUUUUGCUUGAUCCAUGCCAAUAUGAUUUGCAAAUUCUGCAAGCAGAAGAAACUCUGGCAGGGAUUAAAGCCAAUUGCACUUCCAGUAGGGACCGUUUGAUUCUAGCAUACAGGCGGAAGGAGAUCAUGUAGUUAGGAAAUUGAUUUGGGUGAUAAGAUUGUUGGAUUAGCUGUUGAUAGAGUUGUUUGUAAAUGUAGUCAAAAGAUAGAUCACGGGAUGAAUUGAUCUCAGUUGAGGGGAUAUCUUUCUUGUUGUAUAAGAGAUGUAAAACAUCCGUUCCUAUAAUUUGUGUAAUUCGAUGUUUUAUAAUAGUUCAUCGAUUCUUCCAUACUGUUG